AUGGCAUUAGAAAUAGAUAUAGAUAAUGUAAUAUCUAAACUAAUAGAAGUUAGAGGAACAAGACCAGGGAAAAAUGUAAAUUUGACAGAAAAUGAAAUCAAAAUUUUAUGUUUAUCGAGUAGAGAAAUUUUUUUAAAUCAACCAAUAUUAUUAGAAUUAGAAGCUCCGAUAAAAAUAUGUGGAGAUAUUCAUGGACAGUUUUAUGAUUUGUUAAGAUUAUUUGAAUAUGGUGGUUUUCCUCCGGAUGCAAAUUAUUUAUUUUUAGGUGACUAUGUCGAUAGAGGAAAACAAAGUUUAGAAACAAUCUGUCUAUUAUUAGCAUAUAAAAUAAAAUAUCCUGAAAAUUUUUUCUUAUUAAGGGGGAAUCAUGAAUGUGCAUCUAUAAAUCGAAUUUACGGUUUUUAUGAUGAAUGCAAAAGAAGAUAUAGUGUUAAACUAUGGAAAACUUUUAUAGACUGCUUUAAUUGUUUGCCAGUAGCUGCUAUAAUAGAUGAAAAAAUUUUUUGUAUGCAUGGUGGGUUAUCACCAGAAUUAAACAAUAUGGAGCAAAUUCGAAAAAUAACAAGACCUACAGAUGUACCAGAUAAUGGCUUAUUGUGUGACUUAUUAUGGUCAGAUCCCGAAAAGGAAAUAAAUGGAUGGGGGGAAAAUGACAGAGGUGUUUCAUUUACUUUUGGACAAGAUGUAGUACAUAAUUUUUUAAGAAAACAUGAACUUGAUCUUAUAUGCAGAGCACACCAAGUUGUUGAGGAUGGUUAUGAAUUUUUUGCGAAAAGACAAUUAGUUACUUUAUUUUCGGCUCCAAAUUAUUGUGGAGAGUUUGAUAAUGCAGGGGCUAUGAUGAGUGUUGAUGAAACAUUAAUGUGUUCAUUUCAAAUUUUAAAGCCAGUUGAAAAAAAAAAAAUAACGACAUAA